AUGGGCCAGCUUCAAGAUGAUCUUACUGAACUCAAGAAUUGCUAUAAUGAAGGAUUAAUAACUUCAGAGGAGUAUACUAUGGCCCGUAGGAAGAGACUUGACAUCGAUAUAGAUGAUAAAGCAUGGUGGGAAAAACUUCUCAAGCGUGUAACAUCUCUUGGCCAUACUGCUGUAAUAGUCCUGAUUACUUCCAUCGUCGGUCUUUAUGAAAGUCGUGGUUUGAUCAAAAAUUAA